UGGGCAACAAGUGUGCAUUUAGAAGGAGUUAUUUAUUCCGAAGAGAGUCGAGCCGGGACACCACCGGAGCAAACAGCAUUUAAACCACGUUCUAGGAACGCGCAGGACAUCCCCGAGCGACGAAUAAGACAGACACGAGAGAAACCACAGAGGAUCUUGGCAAAGGCACAAAGACUAACAUUGAUCUGCUCUUUCCCCAGGACACCAGAAACGCGGGACAGGCUGAAGAACAGAACUGGUUACAGAAUGCUCAUCACGCAAAGGGCCACGAGACCGCAAAAUGCCAAGAGAUCUCUGGCGAACUGAACUGGUUGCAGUGUUCCACGCAAAACGCCACGACACCGGGAUGACACGGUUAACAAAAACAGUAUCGGUAACAACAGACCCCAAGGUACUAAGCUGUAGAAAGGAAAUAAAGAACAAAGGUGUCGUUAAGAAUGCCAGGACUACCACGACCCAGUCGCUGUCCACUGUCUUCUAGGCGCCGGGCUUGGAGACAACGCGACUCAGGGCCGGCAGACGGCGAAACAGCGCCUCCCGCAGGCGGCAAACGAGCUGGGGAAGCGCGGAGAGGAAGAAACCUGCGGAUGUUCCCCUUCUGCAGCUGCUGGAGGACUGGACUGCUCCUGCCACUGCUCCUGGCUGUGGCAGUAAGAGAAUCCUGGCAGACAGAAGAAAAAACCUGCGACCUGGUGGGAGACAAGGGUAGAGAGUCAGAGACAGAGUUGGCUCUACUGAAGAGGCUGCAACCACUGUAUAACAAAAGCUUUGAGAGCACUGUGGGCCAGGGCCCAGAUACAUAUAUCUACAUGUUCAGGGUGUGCCGAGAAGCUGGCAACCGUACCUCUGGGGCAGGCCUGGUGCAGAUCAACAAAAGUAACGGCAAGGAGACAGUGGUAGGGAGACUCAACGAGACCCACAUCUUCAAUGGAAGUAAUUGGAUCAUGCUGACCUAUAAAGGGGGCGAUGAAUACGACAGGCACUGCGGCAUGGAGCAGCGUCGUGCAGUGGUGAUGAUCUCCUGCAAUCGACACACCCUAGCGGACAAUUUUAACCCUGUGUCUGAGGAGCGAGGCAAAGUCCAAGAUUGUUUCUACCUCUUCGAGAUGGACAGCAGCCUGGCCUGUGCCCCGGAGAUCUCCCGCCUCAGUGUGGGUUCUAUCUUACUAGUCACGUUUGCAUCACUGGUCGCAGUCUACGUCAUCGGGGGGUUCCUAUACCAGCGACUGGUGGUGGGAGCCAAGGGAAUGGAGCAGUUUCCUCACCUAGCCUUCUGGCAAGAUCUUGGCAACCUGGUAGCAGAUGGUUGUGACUUUGUGUGCCGUUCUAAACCCCGAAAUGUGCCUGCUGCGUAUCGUGGUGUGGGGGAUGAUCAGCUGGGGGAAGAGUCAGAAGAAAGGGAUGAUCAUUUAUUACCAAUGUGAUUGCACUUUAAAUGCCCAGCUGCUUCUUCAGUCCCCCAAACCAAAGCAUACUCAGCCAGAUUUCUUAAGCAGCGUCCACUCCAGUCUCUCAUCCCACCCUUAAUAUUGCUCUUGCUUUCCAGUUUGCUUUUGAUUUGCAUUCUCUUCUCACUAGCAGAAAUGCCUUUCCUUUUUCCCCGAUUCUGUUUUUCCUCUAGAGAGGUAGUUACAGGACAGAGAUAAAAUGAUAGGGCCUGUGCAAAAGAGGCUAUUACACUAUCUCUUGGUGUCAGAAGGUACAAAUAGGAUAGUUCUAGUGAGCAAAAAAGCGUGGCAGGCUCCCUGACCUUUUUAAACACAUUUUCACAAGUUUUUGAGACACUGGAUUUGUUUAAUUAAAAAAAAAAAAAAAAAAAGGCAAGAAACAUUAUUUAUACAAGGUUUGAUUGCUUUCAUGCCGUUACUCUGCACCCUACAGUGGUCUCCAUGAGAAUCUGGAUGUGAUCUCUUGCUGCUUGGAACUACUCUACAGUGAUCAUUUGGUUGCAAUCCAAGUAUUGCCAUUUGGUCUGAGCCCGGAGAUGUUGCAGACUUCUCCCACCUCUGGGAUUAGGAUGGGGAAGAUGAUUCAUUUCCCACUUAGAGGAUUAUAAAAUACCAUCCCAUCAGUUGUUGGCAUUGGAGUGACCUUCUAGCUGGAUUGUGGGUUCAUGGUCAUUAGUCCCCAUGUGGUUGGAAGUCUAGUCUGUUGAAAAGGGAAAGUGAAUCAGACCCCGUGUGCUACAGGGGUUCCAGAAAAGGAAGUCUGUUUACCUGUAGUGGGACGUCCUCAGUGGCUUUCUUCUCCCACCUGCAGUAAAAGCUAGUAGAGCUUUUCUUCUAAGAUGUUUCCCUCUACUGGUAUUUCUAAGUAUGUUGCACUUUCUUCGCAGGCAUGUCGACCUUCCCCCGCCCAACCCUACCCCCCAAAAUCUUCUGGAAAGGGAAUGAAAGCAGAGGUGGGACAUCUAGGGCUCUGCCAUCCUGUGCUCUGGGUGUGGAAUGCUGCC